AUCAAAUACGUGAGAGAAUAUUUUUUUAUCUUUUGUAUAGCUAUGAUGAUUUGAAUUCAAAACUUGAUUAAUCUGUAUUGAUACCGUGUUAAAAUAUCCGACCAUCUUAUUUAAAACUUUAAGCUAUUUAGAAAGAUAUAACACAUUUUUAUUCCUUAAGAGAAAAGACAUAAAGUACCCUGAACUUGUCCGACUUUUCUUAAAAAAUACACCUAAAUUAUACGGGUGACCUAUUACCCCAUGAAACUUACCUAAACCAUUAUAAAUACACCAUUUUGAUUAAAAUUUUAUCUAUGCGUGUAUACACGCAUAAAAAAUGCACGAUUACUUAAAAGUUGACUGAAAUAACUAAUUAAAAGAUGCCACAUAUAAUUUAUCUAGGUUUGGUGGUCACUAUAAGUAAUUAAAAGAUGCCACUUAUAAAUUGAUGCAUUAGGUGAUUUAAUUUUGCAUCCACCUUAAAAAGAUCAAUAGCAAAAAUAAAAAAUUGCUCCUUAGAAAUUCAUAAUAUGGAAGCAAGAUGUUUAUAUUUUACCCUUUUUUCUGCUAGCAACCUUCGAAGUGUUCGAAAAUAUAAGAAAAUGAAAGUUUAUGCAAAGGUUUCAGUAGCAGGAAAGAGUAAGUGUACAGAAGUGGAUCUUGAGAAUGGGACGAAUCCCGAGUGGAAUACGCCGUUUAAAUUCAUCAUACCCGAAGAAAAAAUCAUACAAGCACAGGGAGAUAAAAUUAUAAUUGAGGACUCAUCAUCAUCAGAAGAUCAAGAUUGCAUCAACAAAAAUCAGAUGGCUCAAAUUGGAACAACUAUUGGAACAACUAUACUAACUGCAGCGGUUACAGUUGCUGUUGCAGUCAUAGCCAUCUAGGGUGUGGGGGUGUUGGCAUUUUCUAUGUGUUGUAGUUUCUUGUUCGUGGUGUUGAGUGAUGCAUGUCUAUGAUUUUCGGAUAGAUGGUUUGUAGUAUUAUCUUGUGGCUAGCGGUGUUAGUUUAUGUUUGUAUGUAUUUAUGUUUUGUGCUUGUUAUACUGUUAUUGGUAUUAAGCUGGGGGUCUAUCGAUAAUGGUAUGAUUUGCG